GUUUUCAUGACACAGGGUAGGCAGACUUGCUAAACCUUUAUCCUGGUUUUAAGAGGUCAUCUGGGGAAGGAAAAUGCCUCAGUCUCCUGUCAGUGCCAAACGACUACCCAGAAACAAGAGUGGGAAAAAAGGUGGGAAGAAGAGUGGGAAAAAGAGUGGGAAGAAAUCUGCGUCAGCAGUGAAGGAAAAUGUAGACAUUAUGAGCGAAGCUGCCAUGAAAAACUUGUACUACAUAGCACAUGGGCCCGUGGAAGCCCUAGAAAUGAGGGGUUUUGGUUGGGAGGGUGCACCCAAGAAAAAAGGAAAAAAAGGCAAGAAAAAGAAGAAAUAGCAUCUAGACGUACCUGAUUUUGUUUAUUUAUUCUGUCCAUUGUGUAUGUACAUGUAGUCUUUGGAACAGGGCAGUAGGAAAUUGAAAGAAGACGAGGAGAAGAGGACAGGUGUAGUGAGAUACAGCUCUGUGACAUAAAAAACAGAACUUCAUAAAGGAAAAUUCAGCCUAAAUUUUUAUCUGUGUUUCAUGACAAUCAAUAUUUGCCUCUUAUUGAUAAGAGAAUGUUCUGGUGCUGCCAUGCAGUCAGAGGAAAAAACCCAGUGUGACAGACAUGACAGGAUGACAAAUUGACAUACAAAACCUACGUAGUUUCUGUAAUGUUGUUUUUAUUACAUGAUGAUCCAGGUCAGCUUUUGGACAAAACUGGAUAAAAAUAUUUUUUUAAAGACUGGAUAAAAUUCCUCUGAACGUUAAUUAAGGCACAUUGCAGUGUUUUCACAAGAGCUAACCACAAUUUUAUUCUAGUUUGAACAUGGCUUUAUGACUGAUGUCAGUGCUAUAUCAACCUGAUUGUGCCUUGGCAAACUGCUGAUAUUUAACAGGGUUUCGAUUCAUUUAUGUAUGCAUACGUUCUGAGCACCUAAAUGGAAUGUACAUGGAAUAUAUAUGGCGUGGGUUUGCAACAGUUGUGCAUUACUUUAUGAAAGGAUUUUAAUUAAAACUUGUUUAAUCAGGUUGAUUUGAUUCUCAAAUAACUGUUAAACAUUGUUUGACUGGAUAGAAUUCUUUCAGCCUGAAUAACCUGGUUGCCCAUGAGUGCAAAAUAACUUUUUUUUAUGUACAGCAUUGUUUCACAGUGCAUAGAAAACAUUGUACAUAACAGCAAUUUUCUUGACAAUCUACCAACAUCUUUACCAAAUGUGUAUGACAUGAAAUAUUAUUGUUAUUUUGUACAGUAUGACCCAGCUUAAAAUUUGGAAACCUGAUGAGAGAUUUGCACUGAGCAUUUUAUUUGCAAACCAGACAAUCGAUUCACUGUUAUAAUAUAACUAUUUUUGUUUCAAAUAUGGUUAAUGCCUGUACAUUGCCCAUAGUUUAGUAGUUAAGCUAGUCAUAUACCAGCUGGCAGCCAGAGCACUAUCUAGUCACGUGUCGUGCUCGGUCAAACAAAGAUUGGGAUAUUUUCGAAAUAUUCCAUGUGACGUGGAACGCAAUUCAAGCCGAGGUGCUGCUUUAUCAUUACAGGGUUUUGACACAAUCCCAGUUUGAAUUUACUACAUUCUGGUGAAUUCUUAAGUUUGAGUUUAAUGGCAGUAACAGCGUCUGAAGUGGAAAUUCAUACAACUAGAGGAGUUUUAGUUUUGUCACAGAAAGCAUUAUAUUUAUUAAGAAUUGAAAAUUUUUGUAUUUAUUGGGGUAUUGCCUUAUUUACAACUAUGCAAGAUGAGGGGUAAACAGCUCAAGAGGGUAUUUGGUAGAGCAAACAGUUUUUUUUUUUUUUUUUUGAUAAAUUGCAAAUUUUGAAAAUAAAGUAAGUUAUUUUGUAGACACUUACCAAAAUUAAGUGUCAUGCUUUUUUGCAUAUUUUUUUUACUAUUUUGACUAACUGUCCCUAAUAUAAAUCAGCCCUGAAAUUAAAUCUACAGCAAGCUUAAUAUGAUUUAAAUAAUCUUAAAGUUACUUUGAAAUAUUUUCUGUAGGUACAAAAGCUUUAAAUAUUUAGUCAGUCAUGCAUAAGCCUACUAGUAUCUUUCCAUGAAGGAAAGGAAAAGAAGGAAAGUGUUUGAUAUUUUUGAGAAGCAAUCUUAUUGGUGAAAGUGGUUUUCAUGAAAAAGAUACUGUGUGCAAGUUCUAAUUAAUUACUUUUGCUUUAAGCUGAGCACUGCCGACUCUGCCGAGGGAAGAUUUUAAGGGAAGAGUCUAAUUUUCAUC